AUGUUAAUAAAAUGUUAUGAUGCAAAAAAACAAAGUGUUCGUGAAUUAGCAACUCAAUUUAAAGUUGGUAAAACUCAAAUCGGAACCAUACUCAAGUCCCGGGUAGAUCUACUGCGUAAGGGCUUUGAAAUAGACCAUGUGUGUUAUGAAUGGUUCUACCGCGUCCGUGCUAAAAAUUUGCCCAUCUCUGGUAUACAGGAAAAAGCUAUAGAAAUUGCUAAAACUUUGGGUAGAACUAAUUUUAAAGCGUCUAAUGGAUGGCUCGAAAAAUUUCAUAAACGUCACAACAUUGCUUAUAAAGCUAUCUGUGGAGAAAGUAUUUCCGUUGACCAUGAUAUUUUGGACGACUGGAAUAAUAAAUUAGUCGAAACAUGUGAAGGAUUUGUUCAAAAAAUAUUUUUUAAUUUAGAUGAAACUGGCUUAUUUUUUCAUGCUUUGCCCAAUAAAACAAUGUGUCUCAAAGGUGAGAACUGCAGUGGUGGAAAAAUAAGUAAAGAACGAGUUACAGUUAUGUUGUGUGUUAAUAUGGCAGGUGAUUUUGAAAGACCUUUGGUGAUUGGAAAGGCAUUAAAACCCCGGUGUUUUAAGAACAUAAUCAACGAUCUUGGAGUAACGUGGAAGGAAUGUGAAACUCGCAUUCUUUCCACCAAAUGUAACUUCAACUUGCCAACCCUCGACCUAGGCAUUAUAAAAAAUUUCAAAACUCAUUACCGCAUAAGUCUUUUAAAACACGUAACUUCGUCUAUAGAUAACGAAAAUAUAAAAAAACCAAAUGUGACAGUUCUUGAGGCAGUUAUGUGGACUACAGCAGCAUUAAAAAAAAUAAACAAGGAAACAGUCACUAAAUGUUUCAUGAAAGCCGGGUUUCCGGGGUCAAAUAAUAUUGGUAAAUUAACACAAGUAAAGGAUCUGAGUAAUGAGUUAUCGAAACUAGUUUCAACAAUAUGUCCAACAAAUGCACAGGACUAUUCGACAAUAGAUGAAUGCUUACAAACCGAAGACUUAUCAUUGAACAUUAAAGACAUAAUCAAUGAUGGCAUGAGUGAGAAUGAAAGUUAUGACGUGAACAAGAAUAGAUUAGUAUAUAUUAUAAGAUAG